AUGGAUGAAGCCCGUGUACAAGCCUUCCGUACUCUGAAGCCAGUGUGUGUGAACGUGAGCCAUUUAGCACUAGGUUUCAAAUCCAAGAAGGCUACAAGCCAGGACUUUUUACAGUCAAUAGAGUCGCUAUACCUGGUCCUGCGUGAUGUUGCUAUUGAGAAGCAAGCACUGGAUUCAAAGCUGGCAGACUACGUUUUCUUUCCGCUCUCCCAUAUUUUACGAGACGCAAAAAUCUUGCCUACUAGAAUAGUAGAAAAGGUUCUCGAAUGCCUGCAAAUCUUGAUUGUACAGGGAUGGAAGGCCCAAAUAACACAGGACAUGAGCAAACAGCUGCUCUUGAUGCUCUGCUUCCUAGUAGGUGGAAGUCCUACUGAGUCGAAGGUCUCUGAAACACAAGAAGAAUUGGCAAUCGUGGCUUUCAGGAACAUUUCAAGCAUUACAAGAGUUUCUGAAAAUGCAGGAUUGGGGACCGAAGCAACUAUUAAGACGGACAAUGUUCCCAUCUUAGGACACUGCGUCACUGUUCUGCUUGAUGGGAUCACUGAAGGUCCAGCUGCUGCUGUACGUUUUGAAGCCGCAGUUGCCUUGAACGACUUCGUUGAUUGUAUCAGCGAUCAAGACGCUCUCGGAAAUGUUCUUCCAGGUAUUGUGUCCGCGCUUACGAAGGUUCUAUCUGCCAAAGGGAAAACAAAACCUCCGAGAAGAAUUGUCGUCCGGUGCCUUCUGAUACUAGAGAACAUAAUUACCCAAGCAACAAAUGACUCAAUAAUGGGCUUGGAAGGAAAUGACAAUCUUAAAGGUGGCAACAGUGUCCCAAAUCAAUGGCUCGAGGCGACAGGACACCAGCUCAAAAUGGCUUUGGCCAACAUUAUGCCUCUGAAAUAUCAUGACCGAAUAGAAGUCCAGCAAGCUUUGUUCGCUCUCUGUUUGUCGCUAAUCAGUCGUUGUCAGAAAUCAUUGCAUCAAUCGAUGACUAUGCUCCUGGACACCCUGGUCGUUCUAUACGCCGAUGCAAGUGAAACUUUUGAAAUUAAGCCAUCGGUGGGUAGACUGCUCUCAAAGAAUUUUUCGUUAACGGAAAUUUUGAGGAAUAUUCUACACGACUGGAUCACGUCUUUGCCUGGGGUCUUGCAAUCUCACGACAAUGCUCGAAAACCGAAAAUAACCGACCAUAUAUUCACUGCAUACCAUCUCCUGCUGACCGCAGGUGUGAACCUCGACAUGUUCGAUGAAACUAUUGCGUCGAGUCUGCACUUGAGUGUCUCGACGGCUCUUGAAAGCACCCUGAAGGACAAGAUACAAGUAACUCCAGAACCUAGCAAAGACAUCGCCCGAGCUCUACAGACUACUAGAGGUUCGAGCAGCUCAAGCACAUUUGAUCUCCCUUUGUUCAAUGGAAUAGGCAACAGAACAGAGCUCGUGUGCCUCCAGAAAUUUGUUAGUGAGUCUCAACAGAUAGCUUCAUCGACUGUGGUACAAGAGAGUAUCACCACCGCCAUGCGUGGUUCCUCAUUCAAGGAUAAAGCUGCGGCUUUGUGGCUUGCUCUUCAGAUAGUCUCACCGAUGAUUUCAGAAGCUGCUGAAACGAAUCAAUAUUUAAACCUUGCAGACGCGUCAGAACCUCCACCUCAGCUACUUGAAGAAUCCUAUGCAACUGCGCUCUCUACUCUCAAUAGAUCGACAUUCGAUUCCGAAGACUCGACGUGGCAGGUUCAGGCUCUAUCUCUGGAGGUACUCGCCCUUCAAGCCAGAUCCCAAGGACAAGCUUUCCGAGCUGAGCUCGUCGAUGCCCUUUAUCCCGUGUUGGAACGGUUGGGAUCGAGCAACGCCGCACUCCAGCAGCAUGCAAUGACCUGCCUUAAUAUCGCCUCCGAGUCAUGUAAUUAUGUCACACCUGUGGCUCUCAUUAUCGACAACGCCGAUUACCUCGUUAAUGCCAUUUCACUCAAACUCAACACCUUCGAUAUUAGCCCACAAGCUCCACAAGUCCUCGUCAUGAUGGUCCGACUCUGCGGCUCACCGUUGAUUCCCUAUCUUGACGACAUCGUCGAAUCGAUUUUUUCGAUUCUAGCAUCCUACCACGGCUAUCCAAAGCUAGUAGAAUCCCUCUUCACCGUCUUGAACGCCGUCGUAGAAGAAGCGAGCAAGAGCUCCAUAGUUCAGAUUGCGGACGGAAAAGACACUACCACACGCCCUCAACGUCAUAGAGCCAUGACGAUAUCCGAACUCGCCUCUCGCCUCGGGGCCAACCGUGAGCGCGAGUCCAAGCCCCUCGAAACCUUCCCCGAGGUCCCCCGUCCGUCGUCACCACAAACCAAACCCACCUCCCCUCCUCCGAACGACCCUCCUGACGACGAUCUCUCCACCCUCCCGUCAGCGGACCCACCAGCUCCCAAACUCAGCAAAUCAACUACCAUUAUAUCAUCCAUAAUCUCUCUCACGCCUUCACAUCUAACCUCCGCCUCCGCCACCCUUCGUGCAUCCCUAUUGGAUCUCCUCUCGACAGCUCUUCCCUUGCUCGCUCAGGACACCAACACCUUCCUCCCCCUCGCUGUGCAACUAUACCCUUACAUCGCCGCCCGCCUAAUCUCGCCUGUCGCUCUACCCUUCGAAAUCGUAGCUGCGGCACAGACAACGAACGUACUUUGCCAGAGUGCAGGCGACUUCAUGAGGACAAGGAUUGAGGAAGAUUUUGGCAAGGUGGAGAAGGUGUUUGAGAGAGUGGAAGCGCAGAUGAGGGAGGAGGUGAGGGCGCAGAGGGGCCGGGUGGGAGGAGCGUGGUGGAAGGCGUGGGAUGGGAUCGUUGCGCUAAUUGUGGGAGUUGUAGAGAACGUGGGAGUGAGUGAGGAGUUAGGGCAAGAAGAUGGGGUGUUUGAAAUGUUGGGAGGUUAUGUAGGCGGAGUCACGGAUAAGCAGGUUGGGGGUCUUGGAAAUCGAGAGGAAAUGACCGGAGAGGGGAAAAAAGGCAGAGGAAAGGAAGUGGUGGGAAGAUUCCAUGCUGACGAAGACAUCAUGAAGCACGAAAGGAAAGACCAGGUGAGGAAUUGUCUGGAGGGAUUGAAUCCGGACCUGCUAUGGCUUUUUGAAGAGAGAGGAAGGUUGCGGAGGGGAGGAGAGAGGUUGAAGAAACCCAGCGGUGUUCUGGGGUUUGAAUUUGCAGAAUUGGACAUCUGA